CUUAACGAAAAAAGAAUAGGAAAAAGGACCCAAUUCUCUAACGAGGAAAUUCAUCUUUCGUCCACGCAACCAAACUUUUGUUCGGCUGGCUGGCCCUCUUACCCCUUUGCAACUCCGCUCCGGUAUUCCUUCCCGUCUGGUUCACUGCUAAAGGGAAAUAUAAGAGCUUUUCCGAUCAUCCUUGUCCUUCUUUUCCUUUUUCGCUCCUGGGUUUCCUUCUACUUCUCUAGCGAACCUUUCCUCUGCUGUUUAUCUGUCUUCCUGGGUUCGGUAAAUUCCAGGGGAUACCUAUUUGCCCCCUCUGUCCACCCGAUAGUUCCUAGGCCGCUUCGUUUGGAGCUCUUGCUUUGCUGGGUCGCAGAACUUUGUUGUAGCCAUUUUUGCGUUCUGGGGGAUGGACUGGUUGACUUUGCAUACUCUAUGCAUUUGUGAAUGAUGUUCAGUGGGCAGACGAGCUCUAACACCCUCCGGAAAUUUAAUUGGAGAUGGCAUGAUGACUCCACUUUGACAGCAGGCUUGCUUAAGGAUGUGGCACCAGAGAUUGAGCUGUCUGGUUAUGGAAGGAUACCAAGUCCUGGUAGUGAAAGCCCUUCUGGACUUCUUAAUGGUGAAAGCUUGAACGUUGAGCCAAUUGCUGAUCUGGACUUGUUCUUUGAAAGGCUUUACAGCUACUACUGUGAGAAGGGCCUCUGGUGCAUUAUUAUAAAAUGGAUAGUUGAACUCCUGAGCCUUGGUUUCACCAUCUGUUUCUCGGGGUUUUUCUUACUUUACGUUGACUGGAAUGGUUUACGUAAUGCUAAGUGUGGAAUGGAUGCAGUUGAAUCUGGAACCAAGCCUUGUGACCUGGCAAAAGAAGCUCUCCAUGAACACCCAUUAACCCCCUUAACUCUAUCAAAAGCCAUCAUUGUUGGAUAUUUGGGAUUAUUUUCCAUCUAUCUGGUCUUCUGUUUCUUCAGGUUUUUCUCACAGUUGAAGGAGACCCUUCGGAUCCGUCAAUUCUAUCACAAUAGGUAUCAAACUGUGAAUUGCAUUUUCUUUUGCAGUCUUCAUGUGACUGACAAGGAGAUUCAAACUAUGCCAUGGGCAACAGUUCUUGAAAAGGUUGUCCAACUGCAAACCUCUCGACAACUCUGUGUGGUCAAAGACCUAUCAGCCCAUGACAUGGUCAUGCGAUUGAUGCGGAAAGAGAACUACUUGAUUGGAAUGCUCAAUAAAGGGGUAAUUGCAUUCCCCAUAUCACCAUGGAUUCCAGGUGCGGGGCCAAUUGUCAAAUUUGGUUCAGAUGGAACUCAGUAUCGCUUGAUUCUCACAAAGACUCUUGAAUGGACCUUAAAUUGGUGCAUACUGCAGAGCAUGUUUGAUCGAAACUUCUGUGUUAAGAUGGACUUCCUUUCGAAUCCUAAAACACUGAAAAAGCGACUUAUGGUCGUGGGCAUUGCAAUGCUUCUGCUUUCACCAUUUCUUGUCAUAUUCAUGUUAGUAUAUCUCUUCUUGCGACAUGCUGAGCAGUUCUAUAAUCAUCCUGGCACAGCAUCAUCUAGACGGUGGUCAAAUUUGUCGAGGUGGAUGUUUAGAGAAUUCAAUGAGGUUGACCAUUUGUUCAAGCAUCGAAUCAACAGCAGUAUAGUGCAUGCUUCAGAAUAUCUAAAACAGUUCCCAUCUCCUAUAAUUUCCAUUGUUGCAAAGUUUAUCUCAUUUGUAUCUGGUGGAUUUGCUGCUGUCCUGCUGAUCAUUGCAUUUGUGGAGGAAUCUUUACUCGAGGGCCAUAUCUUCGGGCGCAACUUGCUUUGGUAUGCUGCUGUUUUUGGAACUAUAACAGCUAUCAGCCGGGCUGCAGUGACAAAUGAUCUCUUAGUUCUUGAUCCGGAAGGAACAAUGGCUGUGGUGGUACAGCAUACUCAUUAUAUGCCAAAGAGAUGGCGGGGCAAGGAACAUACUGAGACAGUUAGAAUAGAGUUUGAAACCUUAUUUCAGUAUACUGGUAUGAUGUUACUUGAGGAGAUGGCAUCUAUAUUUCUCACUCCACUCUUGCUUUUAUUUGUUGUACCUAAGCGCGUUGAUGACAUCUUGGAGUUCAUAGCAAAUUUCACUGUGGAAGUGCAAGGCGUUGGUCAUGUUUGUAGUUUUAGUGCUUUUGAUUUUCUAAAUCAUGGCAAUAGCAACUACGCUUCGCCCUGUAAUGCACCUCGCACUCAAAGGAGUUCUCAGGGAAAGAUGGAAAAAGCAAUGUUGAGUUUCAAGAGUAGCUAUCCUUCAUGGGAACCAAAUGCUCAAGGGAAGCAGUUCUUGCUAAAUCUUAGGAAUUUCAGGGAACAGAAGAUGCAAGGACCAGGAAUUAGACAUAUGUGUCACCAUCCUCAAAUGUUACGAGGCAGUCCUCUAAGCCUUAGAAGUGCUGGGGAGAGAAACACGACCAUUUUUAGGGGUGCACCGUAUCAUACUGCUGGAUUUCAGUUGGACUCCUUAUGGUUGAUUGACGUGGAUCAAAAGAAUCAUCAUCCAUAUCUUCUGGAUUGGUACUAUAUGUCUCAACGCGACAAUUUGAUGAAUGAUAACACUAGAGAAGAACAUACUGCACAACUUGAUGUGACUGACCAACAAACCGAAGAUUUCUGGAACCCUACCAAUUUGGCACAGUGUGGUGAUCAAAGAUACGACGAUGAAGACUACUGGGACCGUCAGCAUUUUGAUGAUCGACCAGGCUCUCAUCUGCAGGCUUCCACAUCUGCUCCAUUCUUUCGGGAGAGUGUGAUCCGGCAUCAUGAUUCCACUCACGGUGUUCAUCGUCCUGGUGGAAGCCAUUGGUGGUCCAGAAGCAACUUGCGCGGACAACAGCCCCAGGCAAGUUUCCUGGAGCCCCCUGAUUUCAACAGAUACGCUCAUAGUAAUCAGUUUGAGAAUUUAUCGGAAAGAAGCAUGGAGGAACAAGAACAGGACCUGGAGUUGAGGAACUCGCGUAGUAUGUCCAGGACUACUUACAUGUAUGAUGAUGACAUUGAAGCUGGAGGGAAUUUAAGUCUCCAUUUUGAUGAAGUGUAUGGCAGCAGACCUCCUGAAACUGGAACUAUAGGUGAAGACCAUGAAGACCCACCUAGCUUUUAAAGAAAAACGAUAUGGGGUAUAGGAUCAGGUUAUUAAGCCUGUGGAAGUUAUGUUCGGAUUUGUGGACUUGUACUCUUGUAGUGGACUUGUACAGGUUUAGAUUUAAUUGUUGUACAUAAGAUUCAUUUUUAAGGUAGCUUUUCUCCAGUCAAUUUUUAGAGGGCCACUCCAUUCUGAGCUGCCUUCUGAAACUGUAAAGACUAAAGACAAUUCAAUUUAAAUCCUACGUAGAUUCAUUAAAUCUUCUGUUAACAUCUGACUUCCAGUUUCUUUCUGAUGGCUGCAAUUCACUGCUAAUGGGGCAUGAGAUCAGGUUAUUA